UCAUAUGCCCUACAAUCGAUACACCAGCAUGUACGAAAACGAGUUCAACAUCCUAGGUUAAACCCAGGUGUAUACUUGGGUAAGAAUAACACGAUCUUACAAAAUUACUAUUAUAAAGUGUACGAAGGUGGCGAUUUUGGAUAUGUGGGAGGGGAUAUGGACACUGGAGGGUAUAUGGGAGGAGACAUGACGGGCCCAAUGUCUGGAGGCCAGGAGAUGGGAUAUAUGGGAGAUGGAAUGGGUCACAUGGGCGAGAAUAGUGCUCUAGGGGGCGGGUACAGUGUGCUUGGAGGCGGGUAUGACAAUUUCAACAGUGGUCAAGAGAACAUUGGCGGGAACGUCAAUGUUGAGAUGAAUUGUAACGGUGAUAUUGUUUAUACGGCUGGGGAUGGUGAUAAUAAUGUUGGUGAUGUGGAGGAAGAAGUGGGUGUCGAAAAUUCAGAGACUUUCGAUGAUGAUGAUGAUGAUGAUGAUGAUGAUGAUGAUGAUGAUGAUGAUGAUAAAGAACCAAAACAGAAAUUGAAAAAAAUAAAACAAAGUAAAGGUCAACAGAAAGGAAAAAAGCAGAGGAAGAAACCUGGAGGAGCUAAACAUGGCGAUAAAACACCUAAAUCAUCAAAACCUCAUCCGCAAUCACAUGGUGUCCCAGAAUUCAAACGAUACCAUCAAGAUAAAGCACCUAUAAAGUUGAAACCUGUAAGAAACACAUCUAAGCUACCAACUGGAAGCGACGGACUCCCGCAAUUCGAACGGUAUCAUAAAGAUGAACCAUAUAAUCACCCGAUCAGACCAACAACUGUAACCCCGAAACCCACGACUCAUACUGUCACUGUAGUUGAUCAACAUACCAAGUCAACAACUGUGCAAGGAAAAUCAAACUGUUGCAAGUUGUGUAUCGUGGCCCUGUUGGCCUUCAGCAUUCCUCUGGUUCUUGCAGGCAUCGGUGUAGCAAUAUUCUUUGCACUCACGUGAAAUCUACAAUCGCAAGACAUUUUCAUGAAUUUUUAGGAAUGGUGUUCUGAAAGAGCGAACUCCGGUCGGUGAAACUUUAGAACGUGGGUAUAUUUUAUGUAAACAUAUGAGAUUCACAAAGACUACCUCGAUAAACUAUGUAUUGUAGAUCUGCACCAAAAGGAGUCAAAGUCAAAACUAUGGAAUAUUGUAUCUGCUUUCAUCAAAUUACCUUCUUCAUGCAAAGACCAUGCUUGGACAUUAUAUUAAGAAUAAGCAUGGUAUCCACUCCUAUAUUGAGUACAGGAACUUGCAAUGACACGAACAGUUGUAUUUGUAUUAUGAGACCGUGAUUUUUAUAUUAAUUUACUAAUUCACAUUAGAAUGUAGUUUAAAAUGUGGAAAACAUUGCCUAUUAUUAGCAUACUAAUGGUUUCAGUUUUAGUUCGAUUUUGUUAUGUAUUGCUACUGAAUAAGGAAGGCUUGGCCAUGCCAAGUUAACUAAAUGGGAAACGUGAAUAAUAAACCACAGUGAGUGAAAAGGACAUUUAUUCAGUGUCAAAACUAAAUACUAAAUACGAGUUUGACAUCCUCGUAACAUAUUAUUCACGACUAGCAUAUUGGGUGUCCAAGCAACCGCCCAAUAAACGUGUAACAAUAAAACCAAAAUAUACUAGAACAAAUGCAUUAACAUGUAUAUAUUCAUAGAAAUGAACUAUAAAACCAUACACAAUCAAUUUAGAAAUGGGUUGAUUAAACUACAAAUAUACAGCGUAAAGAAAUGCAUAAAAAGAAUAUAUACAUAGAUUGUUUGAAAACAUGUAUGGAGGUGGAUUGGGAGGUGUACGAAAAUAAUGCAAAAUAUUUUGCUUAAAAUUCGCAAGCAUGUAUCUCUGAAGAUUUUUCUAGAAUGGCUGAAGCGGGAGGCUAGCGAUAGGCCGACACACACCACGUGCCCACUGGUCACGGCUUGGGACGCUGAUAAGCCACGCAUACACCACGUGACCACUGGUCACGGCGUGGAACGCUGAUAAGCCACGCUUUAGAUGUAAACGGUUCAACCCGCAGAUUUAGCUAGGGGUGAUUCAAUUCAACCCGCAGAUCCACAAAAUAUCUUUUGUCGGCAUAAAAUUAUAUAUAAAUGUAUUAAAAUGUGUUAAACAGGUUCAAUCAUUAUAUAAGUGCCAUAAUAAUUUUGUUUUAAAACCUGUAUUGUAUUCUGUCAUGGAGAGAGGGAGACUUGUGUUUUGUGUUUUGAAUGCCCUGCAAAUGUUAUUCACUUCAGUAUUAUUUAAUGUGCUUUAAAUUAUUGAUUUACAAUGAAGUUGUCUAAACUCAUGCCUUAUGUGAUAUAGAGUACUUGUUUUUUAUUGUAUUUGCCAUGCAACUUGUAUUCCUUUCAGUGCUAGUGUUUUAAUUCAUGUACAAUCAAGAUGGCUAAACUCUUGAUUGGUAUUAUUGCUUUUAAUAUACAUAUAUAAAAACAUGUUUAUACCUUAAUAAAAUUUAUAAU